AUGUUUUGCAGAAAGAAUUCAACAAGAAGUCAGAGAGGAUCGGUGCCAGUGCACCUUAAUGUGUAUGAUCUUACCUCCAUUAAUGGGUAUGCUUACUGGGUUGGCCUUGGUGUCUAUCAUUCUGGUGUUCAAGUUCAUGGGGUGGAGUAUGCUUUUGGAGCUCAUGAGUACCCAACGACGGGGAUUUUCGAAGCAGAACCGAAACAUUGCGAUGGGUUUACGUUUCGGAAGGCGAUUUUGAUCGGAUGGACGGAGAUGACUCCUGGGGAGGUGAGAGAAGUGAUGGAGAAGCUUGCAGAAAAGUACAAAGGAAAUGCAUAUAAUCUCAUUACAAAGAACUGCAAUCACUUCUGCAAUGAUGCUUGUGUUAGACUCACUGGCAAUCCAAUCCCAAGUUGGGUUAAUAGACUCGCCAGAAUUGGUUUAUUCUGCAACUGUAUCAUCCCAGCAAGCUUAAGUUCAACUAAACUUCAGCACCAUAGAAUUGAAGAUAAGGUCUGUGAAGGAGAUAAGAAGAAACUCAGAAGCCGAUCAAAUAGACACAACACUUCAUCUUCCAAUUCAUCGUCUUCCUCGGCGUCUUCUCCUCCGAUCACCACCACGAGUAGUAGAAGCAGAAGCUCACCACCACAUCCAUCUUCACCUUUGAUUCAUGGUUCUUCUUCUUCAGCCUAG